CAGACAGACAGUGUACAUAGAGCUCCAAAAGAUUUAUACGGACUCUUCCCGUUAUAUGUUCAAGGCUUGACGUCCAAGGCCAAUUGCACACUCAACAAUGUCUUCACAACCGGAUGCGCAAACCUAUGCAAUAACACCCUCCCACUUCCCAGCCCCCACCCAAACAUCCUCAAAACAACAAAUCAACGGCGUUGAGACAAUAGCGACGCGAACACUCUUCAGCGACAAAAUCCUCAUCACAGUCUCGCAGAAUGGCAGAUUAGGGCACUGGACACAUACACCCCUUACUCUUCCAUCCCCAGACCCAACGUCGACCGCUACGUCAUUUUCUUUUGCGAAUCCAGAAGAUGACGAGCCUUCCUCUGAUCUCCUUCCGAACCACAAUCUGACGGCCACGACGAUCCUAGGCAGCGCCGCGAUUCCGGAACUCGAUGUCCUGGCCCAAACAUUAGCGACGCAGGUGGCGAGCGCAAUCAAAUCUAGAGAUGCGAGGGAGGAGAGGACAGUGGUGAUUGGGACUGGGCUGGACAAGAGUAUGACUGGAGCUGGAGCGACGAGGGAGAUGUACAGUGAGCUUGUAGGCUUGGUACUUGAAGUGCUGUGACCAACGACCUGGCUAGCCCAUUCUAU